CCCCGCGCGCGCUCUCUGGUUCCCCUCUCGGUGCCCGGCCCAACUGUCAGUCAAUUAGCCCGGCUGCGCUACCAGGGAGGCGGCGGUGGCGCUGCAGGCAGACGGAGCAACCCGCAGAGCGGAGGAGCGAGGGGAAUAGGAAGCAGGCGGACCCACCCACCGCUCCGGCGAGCGAACGGACCCCCCCCCUUCCGCCAUGUAGAGCGGGACAGACGCCUCCCGCAACCGAUAAUUAGUGGCAGUUAAUUUCAGGCCCCAUUAAUAAUCCUGCGGGGGGCACGCAGGUAGACCGUCCCGGCCUUUGGGGCGGGCGGAGGAGGCGACAUAGACGGGCCGCUUUCAUUUAUCUGUUCCCUGGCUGAGGACCGGCUGGGGCCGCUCCCCGCCCAUCGCUCCGCUGGUCCGGAGAGGCUGCCCUUCCCUCUGGUGCGGAGAAGCUUAAAGGCGCCCCCCCCCCCGGACUCCAUUGACAGGCUGACGCGCGCCACCCCCACCCCAGUGACAGAGAAUCGCCCCGUUCUCUCCUCGCCGCCCCGUCAGGAUGCUGCUCUUGCCGACUCCGGCCGCGCUGUAGCUGAGCCCCGGCGGAGGGCGAGGCGUGGACCGCCUGUCGAGCGGGCGCCAUGGAGCGCCGAGGGGAGCCCGCCCUCCAGCAGAGCCUAGAAUUCACAGUGGAGAACGUGGAGAAGGCACUUCACCAGUUGUAUUACGACCCCAACAUUGAAAACAAGAAUCUCGCUCAGAAAUGGCUGAUGCAAGCACAAGUCUCACCCCAAGCCUGGCACUUCAGCUGGCUGUUACUUGACAUGGACAAGGUGCCUGAGAUUCAGUACUUUGGGGCCAGUGCCCUCCAUAUCAAGAUCUCACGCUACUGGAAUGACAUCCCAGCUGACCAGUACGAGUCCCUCAAAUCACAGCUCUUCAGCCACAUCACCCGUUUCGCUAGCGGCUCCAAAAUUGUACUGACUCGGCUGUGUGUGGCAUUAGCUUCAUUGGCACUCAACAUGAUGCCAGAGGCAUGGCCGAGUGCUGUAGCUGACAUGGUGCGAAUGUUUCAGGCAGAGGACUCUAACAUAGACGGGCGAGCUCGCUGCCUGGCACUCUUGGAACUACUGACUGUCUUACCAGAGGAGUUCCAAACCAGCCGUCUGCCUCAGUACCGCAAGGGGCAGGUGCGUGGUGUCUUGGCACAGGAGUGCAGCUCUGUCUUCCCCCUACUCGAACAGCUGUUGCAGCAACAAGACUCUCCCAGCUUCAUUAAACAGAAGGUGCUGAAGUGCUUUUCCAGCUGGGUACAGCUGGAGAUCCCCCUUAUGGAGUGUGAGAACUUGAUCCAGGCAGCCUUCACCUCCCUCCGUGAUCCAGAACUAUUUGACACAGCAGUGGAGGCUAUUGUCAAUGCCAUUUCCCAGCCUGAUGCUCAGAGGUAUGUGAACACUCUUCUGAAGCUCAUCCCACCUGUACUAGGGCUCCAGGAACAGCUACGCCAAACAAUUCAGAGCAGGGAUAUGGAGACAUCUCAUGGGAUCUGCCGUAUUGCUGUGGCCCUGGGGGAGAACCAUUCCCGAGCGCUCCUGGACCAAGUGGACCACUGGCAGAGUUUCCUGGCACUUGUCAACAUGAUAAUGUUCUGCACUGGAAUUCCAGGACACUAUCCUGUAAAUGAAACCACAAGCUCUCUUACACUCACCUUCUGGUACACACUGCAGGAUGACAUCCUCUCCUUUGAGCCAGAAAAACAGGCCAUGUAUCAGCAGGUGUAUCGACCUGUCUACUUUCAGCUGGUGGAUGUACUUCUGCACAAGGCUCAGUUUCCUUCUGAUGAAGAGUACAGUUGUUGGUCCUCUGAUGAAAAGGAGCAAUUUCGGAUAUACCGAGUGGACAUCUCUGACACCUUGAUGUAUGUGUACGAAAUGCUUGGAGCAGAGUUACUGAGCAGCUUAUAUGACAAGCUGGGUCGUCUCCUAACGAACACAGAGCAGCCGACAUCAUGGCAGCAUACAGAAGCUUUGCUUUACGGGUUCCAGUCCAUUGCAGAGACUAUAGAUGUCAACUAUUCAGAUGUGGUUCCUGGCCUUAUUGGGCUCAUCCCUCACAUCAGCAUCAGCAAUGUGCAGCUUGCAGAUACAGUAAUGUUCACUAUUGGAGCCCUCUCAGAGUGGUUGGCAGACCACCCAGUCAUGAUCAACAAUGUGUUGCCCCUGGUGCUGCAGGCUUUGGGCAAUCCUGAGUUGUCCAUCUCCAGUGUCUCCACCCUGAAGAAGAUCUGCCGUGAAUGCAAGUAUGACUUGCCUCCCUAUGCUGCCAACAUUGUUGCUGUUUCCCAGGAUGUGCUAAUGAAGCAGAUUCAUAAGACAAGCCAGUGCAUGUGGCUGAUGCAAGCUUUGGGCUUCUUGCUAUCUGCCCUCCAAGUGGAGGAGAUCUUGAAGAACCUGCACUCACUUAUAACUCCUUAUAUUCAGCAGCUUGAGAAGUUGGCUGAUGAGACGCCCAACCCAUCGAACAAGCUAGCCAUCAUCCACAUUCUAGGUCUUCUUUCCAACCUUUUCACCACUUUGGACAUCAGCCACCAUGAUGAUGAUCAUGAGAGCACAGAGGUCAAGAAGCUGCCAGUGCCUCAGGGCCCCAAUCCGGUAGUGGUGGUGCUGCAGCAAGUCUUCCAGCUCAUCCAAAGAGUGCUCAGCAAGUGGUUGAAUGAUGCACAGGUUGUGGAGUCUGUGUGCUCUAUCUUUGAGAAGUCUGUGAAGACUCUACUGGAUGACUUUGCACCCAUGGUGCCUCAACUGUGUGAGAUGCUGGGUCAGAUGUACAGCACCAUUCCUCAGGCAUCUGCAAUUGAUCUCACAAAACAGCUGGUUCACAUCUUUGCCCAUGAGCCUGUCCACUUCCCACCCAUCAAGGCACUCUUUCUGCUCGUCACAUCAGUUACCCUAACACUCUUUCAGCAAGGGCCCAGGGAUCAUCCUGAUAUUGUUGAUUCAUUUAUGCAACUCCUGGCACAGGCACUCAAACGGAAACCUGACUUGUUCCUGUGUAGCAGUCUGGAUGUCAAAGCAGUGUUCCACUGUGGCGUGAUCUCCUUGAAAUUCCCUGAAGCACCAACUGUCAAAUCUGCCUGUGGCUUUUUCACUGAGCUCUUGCCACGCUGUGGGGAGAUCCCACCUGUGGGUCAAGUGGUCCAUGAGAAUGGCAAAAUGCUGCUGCAGGCUGUGCUUGAGGGUGUAGGUGGCCAAGCCUCACGGAAUUUGAUGGAUCAGUUGGCUGAGAUCCUGUUUGCUCUCAACAAGCAUUGCUUCAGUUACUUGAGCAUCUGGAUCAAGGAAGUGAUGCAGCAAGAUGGUUUCCCAUCAGCCCGUGUCACCCCUGAGCAGAAGGAAAUCUUCAGUCAGCAAAUUCUUAGCAGAGAGCGUGUAAACAAGCGACGUGUGAAAGACAUGGUGAAGGAAUUCACACUGCUGUGUCGGGGACUGCAUGGCACUGAGUAUACAGCAGAUUACUGAGGACCCCUGAAGCAAGAAACUGGAGCAUGAACACUUUUGCUGGCCACUGCCCUAUGCUGCUACUGAACCAGUCUAUAAGACAAUAACCUUACAGCUAACCUGCUGAGGCUGCUCCACUCAAGAACAGGCUAUUUCUUUCUUAACCCCUACCGCAUGUUCGGUGGCAGCAGGCUGCAAGGACUUGGAGCACAGGCUCAAGCCAAAGACAGCCCCCUUUCCCCCUUUUGGACUGGUGCAAUGACUAUCCCUUACCUCCCUGGCACACUCCUGUAGACAUAUCUAUGGUAUUAUCUGUUCCUAAGAAGUCUGCCUUUGCCCUGCAUGAGGCAGCUUGUAUCUAACUGAAGUGGAAAGCCUUGCAGCCUUGAAUUAUAUUAAGGUUAUUUCUAAACUGGUGAUUAUUGGUGAAUGCAAGGGGGGAGAGGGUGAGCAUAGCUUUUGAAAGACAUGGAGGGGAAGGAAAGCAAAGGGACGGCUAGAGAUUGUGGCAUCUUGUAAGGUAACUUCAGUUCUGUCUUACCUAGACUAAUUGGAGUAAUAAAUAGGCUUAUGUUGUCCUUGUGGACGAAGAAAUUAAUCCAAAUUCUGCAGCAGGUUCUCAGGAGGCAAGGGCAGCUUUCUUAGAGGGAAGCCUCCCUUAUUGCCUUGGCAUGGUGUGCUAGCAAAGUGAGGGCUGCUGCCAUCACCAGCAACCAGCAUCUCCAUGUAAUUAUCCUGUUCCAACAUCCGGACCAUCCUGCAUAGACCCAGUGCAGUCUGUUACACUAGUCCGUUCAAGGUUAUCAAGAUGCAAAUGAUAACUACUAGGUGCACAUUGAAAGAGUUUUAGUCUUCUCCAUUAGAUUUGAUUAAGAACUCCUGGAUGCUUCUGCUACUGAAGAUGAAGAUGCAAUAGUGAAUCUGGAAGUAUAUCACAGCUGUGUUUGGGAGGUAGAUUAGGAAGGAGUCUUUGCCUGCCUGCCUGCCUGCCUAUUGGGAAAUAUUAAUGUGGCAAGAGCUGAUGUAAUGGAACGGGACCAAGUCCAGGAAAUUUGAAAGCAUCUACAUGUGCGUGCACAUACACUUCUCAAACAACAAACAAGCAGUAGUCUUAACCAACUUUCUUAUAGGUUCACAAUUUUGGGUCUGCUGCUGCCAACUUACCUUAUGUCUAAUACUGGUCAAGUAAAGGUUAAGACAAGUAAGAAUUCUUUGGAGUAAUUUAAAUUCCAACCACUUAUUUGUGGAGGAAAAGGUCUACUUGCGGAAAACAAAACUUGAAACAAAAUCAGGUUCACUGCUCUAGGUUAGAACUUGAAGACAGGAGUAGGAUACAGCAUACUUGCACUACAGGUAUUUAAAGUGAGAUUUUUUUUAGUCUAGGCAAGUGAGGUUCCUUGGAACCUAGAAAGCAUAUGGUUCACAAAAGCUUGGCUUCCAAGUUCUUGCUUCACCUGGAAAAAUAACUGCUCCAAUUAUAGGAGAAAUCUCCAGUUUAGUGUUGCUAGACUUCUUAAAACAAUUUCAAAUGCUCAUUAUAUGUCCAGUUACAGCUGGCUUAUUAUGAGCAGCGUGUUAGUAAUUAGCACUUCUUAAGUAGGGUCUGCAUGUUGUCUGGUAGGAAGAAAAUUGGGAUCCAAUAAUGGUUUCAGCAUCCAUUGUUUUAAUUGCACUUUGAUAAAGUGGAAUAUCAGUGACUCAUUUUUCUCUACAGUUGGUAUAGAAAGUACCCUCUAGGCAUAGAGGGAUAUGUGCUGCAUCACUGAUACUUCAUUUUCACUCUGACUUUAGUCUUUAUCUCAGAUGUUCUAUUCAUGGAGAUUUCCCUGGAAUGAGUACUUUGUGAGGCUGUGUGUUAUGUUUUUUGAAUUCGUUUUGUCAGUUUUUACAUUCCAACAGAGAGGCUGAGCGAUCUCCACUUGGCCUCUUUAGAAGAGAGAUCCGUGGCAAGGCAGUGAGAGCGGGGCUAGUACAAUACUUACCAGAUACUGACACUGCUUUUUUUGAAGCUGGUACCCCCACUGGUAGCUGCAGAGCAGAGAACUGAGUUUGUGUAGUGCACAUAGUUCAUCCAAAUCUUCAUUUGGUAGUUGGUAUGAGUGGCUGGAAGAGACUGAAGAACUGAUGUCUAGUAGAGAGCCAUUUGAUCACCACUACUAUGGGAGCUUAUGCCCUAUAAAUCACCUGACUUCUCUCUUCACUUGGUUGUAGCCAAAUGAAAGUUGAUGUUAAAAAGUGUGUAUGUGAGAUGAUUAGUACUGAAAAUGGGGUGGGGUUGGGGAAUAGAUUUCUGUGGUAGUUUUAUGGUGAGGGUAAAGGAGAUAUGAAACUUUGACCAACCAGCACAGCUGCUCAGUGAAGAAUUAUCUUCCUACUUGGUAAUGCAGAGUUAUUGCCAUUCCUUUCCCAUCUUGCUGAACCUUGAUGCCAAAAAUGUAAGUGAAUGUUAUGGCUCUGAAUAGGUGGUGAAGCACCUAUGGGAAGAUUAAGAUGCUGAGAAGCAUAUGAAGGGUGUAAACAUGCUUGUACAUGCACAUGUUGCUGAUUACCAACUAUAAGCCCUAGUUUUGUGAUGA